AUGUCUGAAGAAGUGACCUAUGCGACACUCACAUUUCAGGAUUCCUUGGGAGCAGGAAAUAGAAAUAAUCUAAGAAAAAGAGGGUAUCCAGCUUCAUCCCCCACAUGGCGGUGGGCAGCCCUGAGUCUGCUAACUCUUUGUCUGUUGCUGCUGUUGGGGCUGGUGACCUUGGGGAUUAUGUUUUUGCAGACUUCUAAUGAAAUUAACUCAGAUUCAGAGAAAUUGAGUCAACUUCAGGAAACUAUCCACCAACGGCAGGAUAAUUUAUCCCAGCAGCUGGGCAACUACAGAAACUUUUCCAUGGAGGAGGAAUUUCUCAAAUCACAGAUCUCCAGCCUAUUGGAGAAGCAGGGACAAAUGGCCAUCAAACUCUGUCAAGAGCUGGUCAUUCGCACUUCAGACCACAAAUGUAAUCCUUGUCCUAAGAUGUGGCAGUGGCACCAAAACAGUUGCUAUUAUUUUGCAACAAAUGAAGAGAAAACCUGGGCUAACAGUAGAAAACACUGCAUGGACAAGAACUCCACCUUGGUGAAGAUAGACAGCUCAGAAGAAAAGGAUUUUCUGAAAAUGCAACCCUUACCUAAGUUUCCUUUCUUCUGGUUGGGAUUAUCGUGGGAUCCAUCUGGCAGAAGUUGGCUUUGGGAGGAUGGCUCUGACCCCUCUCCAUCCUUAUUUAGUACUAAGGAAUAUGCCCAAAUCAAUGGAUCCAAAGGAUGUGCCUAUUUUCAAAAUGGAAAUAUUUAUACUUCCCGCUGCAGUGCUGAAAUUUCUUGGAUUUGUGAGAAGACAGCAGCAUUAGUGAAGAUUGAAGAUUUGGAUUAA